AUGGCGCCUCAACCCUCUCCCCAGCGCACCUCCAAUAGCCAGCCAAACGGUCUCCCCGGCUAUGGGGGCCACGGUUAUAACUUGUCUUUCGACGCCGGCCAGCAGUCCCUCUCCCAGCCGACCCCCGCGAGCUACUUGCAGAGCUUCCCAAAUGGCCCCGUGAGCAAUCCAGGCUUCGCUAGGAGCUUCGGCGACCAGGCCAACAUGAGCCCCAUGAGGGGAUAUUCGGACAAGCCACAGAUAUAUACCGUGCGACUACACUGCCACGAGCCAAUGCAUCCUUCACGCGCUAACACGUCUCCCAUCUAGGCCGUUUACUCGGGCGUAUCAGUCUACGAAAUGGAAAUUAGUGGUGUCGCAUGCAUGCGCAGGCGAAGCGACGGUUGGCUGAACGCUACUCAGAUCCUCAAGGUCGCUGGCGUUGACAAGGGCAAACGCACAAAAGUGCUGGAGAAGGAAAUCCUCACAGGCGAACACGAAAAGGUACAAGGUGGAUAUGGCAAGUACCAGGGUACCUGGAUUAGCUACCGCCGUGGCCGUGAGUUUUGCCGUCAGUACGGUGUCGAGGACAUAUUGCGUCCGCUCCUGGAGUAUGAUAUCAAUGCCGACGGCACCAGUGGACACAGCCAGCAGGAGACACCUACCAAGGAACAAGCUAUGGCCGCCCAGAGGAAGAAGUUCUAUAACAACCCAGGCAUGGAUCAGAGGCCGAAUGGCUUGCCCAAUUCGAAUGGUACCUUCUUCUCCAACAUCUCGGCCACCACCUCGGUCGCUCUCGCAGCCAUGAAUAAGGCUGCUCGUUUGAACUCUCCUGCGCCGCGCACUGGAAGCACUCCGAGGCCAUCUAACGUUCGUCACUCGUCUCAGCAAGAUGUUAGUGGUAGUCAGCAAAGCAUGGCGUCCGAGUCCAAGGGUGUCGAUUCUGGUUACAACACGCAGCACACGGGUGAGCCACCUCGCAAACGCAUGCGGCCGGACAGUCAGGACGGCAUGGGUCCACCAGAACUUCCUUUAGAUGUCUCGAUGCGCUCGGCCACUCCCACGGAGCCGAACGCAAGCUUUCUGUACGAAAACGCGCUGAUGCAAGAAUCUGUCAAUGGAGCCGGCGAGCCAAUAGCGCUGCCACCUCUCCCGUCGCCAUCGACAGAGGAACAACAAGAGAAGAUGAACUUGAUCCUGGAUCUUUUCGCGGAGCAAGGGCGGACUGACUAUGCUUCACAUAGAGCGCUGACAGAGUUGUCUCACGAAGAUCUCAAUAUGCCUCUCGAUGCGACGGCCAACAACGCGCUUCAUUGGGCUGCGACGCUUGGCAAGGUCCCUCUCUUGAAGCUCCUCAUCCGUAAGGGCGCGAGCAUUUGGAGAGGCAAUGCGGCAGGCCAGUCUGCACUCAUCAGUGCGGUGCUAGUGAACAAUUGCUGGGAACAUUCGUGCUUCCCGGAAGUGUUGGAACUGCUUGGCCCACUUAUCGAAGUUCGCGAUCUACAAGGACGUACAAUACUUCACCAUAUUGCAGUCUCCUCGGGCAUCAAAGGCCGAUCUCCCAGCAGCAAAUACUAUCUGGAGGCGCUUUUAGAGUUCUUGGUGAGGAUAGGAACCCAACCAAACACAUCCGCUGCUAGUCUUCAGGCUGCUGCUGCAGACUUGCCGCGUGAGUCCCAACAAAGCAAUGGUGAAAGCUCGAGUCAAGAUUCUGCAGCACCAUUGAGAGGACCAGUAAAUCUGUCCCGGUUCCUGUCGCAUAUCGUUAAUGCCAGAGAUAAAGCUGGCAACACAGCUCUAAACCUCGUGGCAAGAAUUGGGAACCGCAGCAUCAUACAACAACUACUCGAAAUUCAUGCCGAUGCCAGCCUACCCAAUAACAAGGGAGUUAGCGCCAAGGACUUCGGUGUUGGUGUCGAACCUGGCGAGCGUGUCCAUGUUAACGGAGGAGUUGCAAGCCAGCAAUCAAUGCAGCCGCAUGACUCUCACCCGAUGCCAAAUGCCGGAACCCCGGAUGGAGAGCCUUCCGCAAAGACGCCUGGCAGUCAAGCGGAAGACAUCGGUCAAGAACUUAUUGCGUGUGUGUAUCCCUUUCCGUUCUUAUGUAAAGUUUUGUCGGCUGACGCGAUUCUACUAGCUUCGACAUCCAUGCUUACGCAAAGUCUUGCCUCGCACAAAGAACUUUUGGUCUCAAAGAGUGAAGAGAUUGAUAGGCUCAAUGAGGAAAUCCGUCAAUUGAGCUCAUUGCAAAAGUCUGAGUUGGACAAGAUGCAGGAGAUUCGCGAUCGGGUCAAGGCCCGCGCGGAGCGACAUGCUAGAGUCGCAAAUCUGAGACGCGAGAUUGAGAGGAAGAAAGCAGCGGCGAAGAAGCAGCACAAUCGAAGGUCGAGUAACAAGCCCGUGGACCCCGUUCCGGAAUGGCUUAACACCUCUGCCCAAGCUAUGGAUGAAGACGUACCCGCUGAACAACUGACGGCACAUCAACGGCAGCUUGUAUCGACUCUGCCAAGCUCACAGGCCAUCAAAGCUCAUCUUAAUGCCUACAGCAGAAGCAACGACGAUCUGCAAAAUCAAGCUGACCAACUACGGUCGAAAUCCAUUCAGCUGGAAAGCAUGUACCGCAAAGUGGUGGCGCUCUGCACCGGCGUUCCCGAAAACAAGGUGGAAGAGUCUCUGCCCGCCCUUGUCGCUGCAGUUGAGAGCGAGCGUGGAAGUAUUGGCGAGCAGGAAGUUGGCCGGGUUAGAGAGUUUCUACGAAGAGUUGAUACAUCCCGCGAUCAGCGAGAUGCCAGCUUUGAGGGUGGAUUGAUAGUCAACCCUACUGUCACUGCUGCUGCCGAGAGAGCUGCUGCGGAAAGAGCUGCAAGGGGAUAG